AUGCCUCGAACAACAGCGACCAACACAAAGCACAAGCAACCAAAUCCACAGCUCCAUCGUCGUCGUCCGGUUCAGUGCUUCUUGCCGUUUGGCGUCGUCGGACAACACACACAAAUCAUGCCUCGAACAACAACAAACAACAACAAACAACAACAAACAACAACAAACAACAACAAACAACAACAAACAACAACAAACAACAACAAACAACAACAAACAACAACAAACAACAACAAACAACAACAAACAACAACAAACAACAACAAACAACAACAAACAAAGGGGAACUCAAGGGCCGUCGGCGUCGAUCAAACCACAAAUCCACCAUCGUCGUCGUCGUCUCCGCUUUCGUGCACAUCGAUUCGAAUGCAGGUGGUUUCUUUUGUCGUUGCCUUUUGAGUUCCGGUGGUUUCUCCUUUUGCCGUAGAAUUGUGUGGAUUCUCCUCUUGGCCACACUCUCCGGUGGUUUCUUUUCUGUGUCGCAGAGAAACGGCAGCGCGAAACGCCAGCUUUUUGAGGUUGCUUUCAGACCGUUUCUCGCGUAGGCUACGGUACAUUUCGUACGCUUUUUUGAUCUAUUUGAUUUCAGACCGUUUCUCGCCUAGACCGUAGUACAAUCUCUACACCGAAAGACGAGAAAUGUUGGAUCACGAGAUUUGGUUUGACCACCCCAAAUCAACAUCAAAAUCACAUCAAAAUCACU